AUGCAAUCGACAGGGCUCCGUGCCCUGAUCAAUCCUGCUAUUAUCGCCGCAAGAUCACAAGCCCAAUACCGAAUACGCUAUCGAUCAUUUCAGACGUCGUCAACCUGGAGGGAUACAGGCGCAGGCGCAGGUGCAAACAAUGGUGAUAAGCCACCAGGGCAACCGGCAGCUGUAGAGGAAGAAGAUGUGCAGCCUCAGAACGGAACCGAGACCGCACCGGGUCGUUCACGAGUUCGAACUUCGACUUCUGUGAAAAACAGAAUAGCUCGCAAACAUGCCGCUCCUGCGCUACCCCCCGUCAAACUACCACAAACGUUCCUCGACGACAAUGUCACUCUGCACCAUGCCCGGAGAAGACCGCGGCUCCCAAUCGCCCUCGCUGAAGAUGCCAAACAACCAAAGACGUCCUCUGUCUUUGUCGAUCCUCAGGUCGCUGAUAAGAAGACUCGAACAACGGAAUCCAACAGAGCCCUUGAAGACUACUUCGAUGCGACAUUCACUGCCAUGUUCGAGAAAGUUGCUGAUCGUGUAAAUGCUGUUGUUGCUCUCGAUGCCAGUUGUCACACAGAGGAGCUCGUUCAUGAGUUGACGAGCCUCACACGCGCCUACGACAUGCUGCUCGAUUCAGCAUGGCAUCUGGCUGAUUCGCUAUACCCUGCCCGACACGCAGAAUAUAUAUACACUUCAAAGCCAUUCUGGUGGUGGCACUACUAUAAGGAUUUCGACCGACAUGCUCAAGAGUUUCGCGACCAGUUUCUUUCAGUUCAGACAGGCCUCGAUAGCAUUCUCGACUAUGACUGGAGGCUUGACCACUCCCUAGCCCAAGCCAUCGCCGACCUACCUAUUCUCACCUUCUCCUCUAUUCGAUCUGCUCUGCGCCGAGAAUUAACGACACCGCCUCCUCCUGACUCUGAGUCCAAGAACCUCAAGCGUCAGAUUACGUUAUUGUCCAUGUCUGGCUAUAGUGGACAAGCCAUAUCAGAGGCUGUCGCAGAACACAUCGCCUACUUCAACGAUGCCGAUCUGGUCAAAUUGAAUGCCCAGGAUUUAUCCGUCAUAGUAGGAGACUAUUUAGACCAGGACUGGGCUUAUUCGCGAGGCUCACUCUCGAACAUGGGAUUCCGUGCUGCAGAGAUGAAUGGAAAGCUUUACAAGGAUCCUGAUGUGGUGACACGGCACGAGGAGGAGGACAACGACCCUGAUACGGGCGUGAUUAACAUUCGCGCAGCCUCAGGCUCGCUUGAAGACGAGCUUUCCAAAAUCAAGCAGGGUGGCUAUGACCCCUUUGGCAAAUGGGAGAACCUCAAGAUCGACAAGGUCCUGGAUCAAAUUAUACAAGCAGCCGAGAUCAAGCAAGGCUCCCCGCGUGAGAAGCCUCUUAUCAUCCAUAUCCACGACUUCAUUGAACUCAGUAUGACGCUUGAGGGUUCAAUGCUCAUUACAAGAUUAAGAAAUAUCGUGGAUUCAGCCUGGCAACAAGGUUCCAAGGUUGCGAUUCUGGGAACGUCCUCGAGUGAGCAGCCUUCAGAGGAGUAUCAAAGCACGCUUCGAGACCUCUCAAUCGGAGACUUUGUUAUUUCUCGACAUAUCGAUCCUUCUCGCACUCUGAGACAACCCAAACCGUCUGGCGGCUUACAAACUUACAAUGGCCAUUUUGCUCUUCAGGACACAGACAUUUUCGUGGAGAAUGUUCAAAACAUCAACCGCAUGCUAAAAUCAUUAGGUAGCCAAUGUACCCUUGAACUCUCAGACGCUCACAUGAAGAUCUUUAUGCACGCUACGGACACACGAGCCCAGAUGCUCAAGAAAUCAAUUCUUCCUCUACCAGAGGUGUACAACAUUGCAUGCGCCGCAAAACGUCACGAGGAAGAGGCCGCAGGUGCUGCACCAGGAGGAGUGUAUGAGCGCCUUCUCAUGGGUCCUUUAAGGCAAAGGCCUGGGCAGCGAUACCUCGAUGAGCCUGAGCAAGACGGUAAGACCGAAGGCAAGGAUUCGCAGAAGAAGGAUGAAGAUUCGCAACCUGGCGGCCGGAUAGCCAUGAAGCUGAACGAGUACGAGAAACGGAUAUCAUCAGGCCACAUCAACCGCCAGAACUUGAGAACAACUUUCGACGAUGUUCACGUUCCCAAGGAAACCAUAUCUGCUCUCAAGCUUCUCACAACCCUGGCGCUGGUACGACCUGAUGCCUUCUCUUAUGGCGUACUCGCCCAAGAUAAGAUUCCUGGAUGUCUUCUGUACGGACCUCCAGGCACAGGCAAGACGUUGCUCGCAAAGGCAGUUGCCAAGGAGAGCGGCGCAAACAUGCUCGAAAUCAGUGGUGCAACUAUAAAUGACAAAUGGGUUGGGGAGAGCGAGAAACUUAUCCGUGCAGUCUUUACGCUGGCCAAGAAGAUAUCGCCGUGUGUUGUCUUCAUUGACGAGGCCGAUUCUUUACUAGCAAACCGCAGCAUGCUCGGCGCUCGCGCGUCGCACCGCUCUCACAUCAACCAGUUUCUAAAAGAGUGGGAUGGCCUUGAGGAGACGGAAGCCUUCAUCAUGGUUGCCACCAACCGUCCGUUCGAUCUCGAUGACGCUGUUCUCCGCCGCCUGCCGCGUCGUCUGCUUGUCGACCUGCCUCUACACGCAGACCGUACUGCCAUUCUGAGGAUCCUCCUCAAGGGCGAAUCCCUCGACCCUGCCGUCUCACUGGAAAGUUUAGCCAAGCGAACUCCAUACUACUCGGGUUCUGACCUCAAAAAUGCCUGCGUCGCUGCCGCCAUGGCUGCCGUAGAGGAGGAGAAUGAAGCUGCCGCACGCCACAGUGGUCCCGAGCCGUAUGAAUACCCUCAGAAACGUAUUUUGCGCCAGGACCACUUCGAUAAGGCCCUUCGCCAAAUACCGGCUAGCAUCAGCGAGGAUAUGCAGUCUCUCAAGCAGAUCCGCAAGUUUGAUGAAGAAUACGGGGCUAAGAAGAAGGGUGCAAAGAAGACGAUGGGUUUUGGCGUCGGUGUAGAGAAGAAGCUUGCCGAUGCUGAGGAUGUAAGAAUCCGUCGUGGCCCAUGA